AACUCCUUUGUUACAUAUAAUUAGCACCUGGAGAGGUAAAAAACUCCUAUGGGAGGAGACACCAGUACAGGAGGGACUCAGACUGAUCCAAGUCUCACUGCAUGCAGGACUGUGGCUCUGGGUAUGGCUGAGGAUGCUUCUGCUGAAGGCCGAUGUUGUGGGACUCCUGGAGCUGGAAGAGCAAUUAAGGAAAGUGCUGAAGACCUCCAUCCUUUCCCUGGCCGGGCACAACCAGGGGGGCUUCAUUAGCCAAGCACUGAGCUACGACACUGACCAGGGACGUGUGUUUGUAAAGAUCAACUGCGGGGCACAGGCCACAAUAAUGUUCACUGGCGAAGUAGCAAGUCUGAAGGGCAUCAAGGAGACUGCCACAGUGCGUGUUCCGGAACCCAUUGCUAUGGCUGAUCUACCAAGCGGAGGGGGGCUGCUGAUUUUAGAGUAUCUCCAGAUGAGAAGCAUAGGCAGGUUUGCUGAGAAACUGGGAGAGCAACUAGCCGACCUGCAUCUGCACAACAUAUUGCUGAAGAGGAAGAGCCAGAGACAAAAGGGAACCAUUGGUGAAAGGAACCAGGCAGUGGAUAAGUUUGGCUUCCACACCAUGACUUGCUGCGGGUAUAUCCCACAGGUGAACGACUGGCAAGAUGACUGGGUGAACUUCUUUGCCCGUCAGAGAUUGAAACCGCAGCUGGAUCUUAUUGAGAAAAACUACGGGGACAGGGCAGUGCAAAGCCUCUGGACGGAGCUGCAGAUAAAGCUGCACAAGGCAUUUAAAGACACACUGAUUAUUCCAUCUCUGCUCCAUGGGGAUUUAUGGGAAGCCAAUGUAGCUGAGGACGAGUCGGGCCCCCUUCUGUUCGACCCGGGGUCCUUCUACGGCCACUCUGAGUAUGAUCUGUCCAUAGGGGAGAUGUUUGGAGCCCAGGGAAUGGCUUUCUUCUCAAGCUAUCACAGGAAGAUCCCCAAAGCUCCUGGGUUCGAGACCCGAUCCCUGCUAUACCAGCUGUUCCAUUCCCUCAACAACUGGAACCACUUUGGGUCUGACUUCCAGGCCAGUUCAUUAAGCCUUAUGAGGGCCAUUUUGGAUAGUUUGUGAUCAAAUCAAAAUGUGAUUGGACAUUCAUUGUACUACCUACCCCCCAGUUGGACUUUUUAUUAGCAAAUGAUUGGUUUAAAUGCAAACUAAGACUGUUUUUUUUAAAUUUUCUUUUUGUAUAAGUCUCAUAGAAAUCAUAAUUGGUAACAGAAUUAUAUCAGUCUUUCUUUGCUUUCAAUACCUUAUGUCAAGGGGUGACACCUCCCCAUGAAUGUGCUAUUACACUGCAAUAUUGAGGUCAUUAUAUUAUGUCAGCAUAGGAACUCCCCUGUAAUGAGCACAAUUUAGCAGGAACAGUCCCUUAAAGGGGACCCGUCACCCAAAAAAAAUAUUCAGAAUCCUAUUUUAUCACAUAAGUCAAGCACAUUGAACUUUAAUUACACUAUAUAAAUUAUUUGAAUCUUGUUUCCUUCAGUCUGGGAAUUUAUAAUUAUAACAAGCAGGCAGGAGCCAUUUUGUGGACACUGUUAAAGGGGACAUAUACCAUAAAAUGUCAGAGUGCACUAAAAUAUGCUAAUGAACAUAAAUAGAAGAAUACAUUUUUA